UCCUCUUUUAUUACCCACAUUCUUCCUCUGCACGUCUAGUCUCCUUCUGUUUGCCCAAUUGGCAGCUGGGUAUGCAGAUUGUUUCGAGAGCGAGAUUGGAAUACAUUUCGCAUACCCGCCGGAUGAAUAACGCGAUGGUUCUCGCAGUUUACCAUUUUGAUCCAAUGCAGUGGAUGCAAAUGCAUAGUUUCGAAAACUUGGACUCGAAUACAAGAGCAGACGUUUCCUGGAAUUACACGCCUUUGGUAGAUGGACAUAUUAAAUGCAGGCAUGGACAGGAAAAUGAUUGUGACGUGUGAUGACUGAAUUCCGAUGAUUUCAUGGGCAACGGAAGUUCUCAGUCCAUUGUGCUUGGACCGCCGAGGCUCCAGGCGACCUGUCCAGUUCGCAAUGGCUACCAUUACCAGAGGGGUGGCGUGCCCAAGUACGUCCACCCCCAGAACAGGGUGCUGCCGAAGCCGGUGGCCGGACAACGCCUGCGCAGUACGGACAACGGCAGCAUACUCCAAACGGCGGGAACGAUCCGAGGACAGAGGAGGGACAGCCUCGGAAGAGAGGAGGAGGGUGGAGAUCCCGAAGUCAUGGGCAUCCUUAGGAAGAGGUCGGAGAUAAUCGAGAAGGAGAAUGACUGCUACCGCCAGUUCAACCUUCGGAACCACCGCAUGUUCCACAGCGAUCCGGACAUCGCCCGGCGGCCGGACUCUUCCGGAUAUCAGGAAGACGGAUUCAACAACAGGAGGCAGAGCGGAGCCGCCGCCAGAGCCAGCAAGUUGAAGUGUAAGAAGAAGGCGAGGGCCCCCGAGCCGCCUGGGGAUAGCCUACUGCGAGAUAGGAGGCAACAACAGAGUGAAGAAGAGAGGAUGAAUCAAAAGAACUGCAGGUGCAUCAACAAGAGCAAAGCCCCUCAACCACCUGCCAUCGUGGUGCAUCCGCCCCCUCCUCCACCCCUUCCCAACAGCGUGACGACGAGGACCAAAAUCAACUGCAACGACAGAUUGCAGAAGGGAGAGGUGUCUUCGCGUUCGCCGUCAGUGACCAGAUCUGUGGAAUGCCACGAGAACAGAACGAGCUAUGAAAAAAACGUGCACCCUUUAGAAAAAUGGAGGAAUUAUCGUAGCACGGGUGACGUCCGCAUUGACGAACAGGACGAACCCUUGCACGGUUCUAGGACUACUGUCUUCGACAGCAAAAAACUAUCGGACAGUCAGACGAAGUUGCCAAGUCACUUACCUCAUCGGCCCGAUCCCUUCCAGAAGGAGAUCCAGGCAGUGACGAAGAAGAUUGCCGAGACUCGAAAAGAUAAUUUGCCAGCUGCAACAGACAAAGUCAGUCCAGCAAAAAAUGCAGCUCCGCCUGUUAAACAGAAUACAAAUUCGCCGCCCAAAUUUUACUUUGCGGAUACUGGAGUGUUCAAAAUGGGCAACGCAAAUUCAAAAACUGAUUCUAGUGCAAUAACUAAUAAACCUCUUACCAAGUACACACUUUCAGAGAACAAGCAGACUGUUGAAAGCAGUCAGAGGAAAAACACUGAUAGUAGGGACUUACCACAGCAGUGUACCACCAUCGAUGAGAUAGUGCCGUCGUUGCAGAGGUUCUCUCCAGCUAGGAGACGGUAUAAAUCUCCUACUCGAAACUCUGGACUUUCGUCUCAGCAAAACGCAGAGAAGGAGUGGGAAGAUCUGUCGCGAAAUUUGUGCAAUAAAACCGAAGAUUCAGACAUCGAUAUUAGGUUAAGGCCAGUUUUGCCAAGAAAACCACCAGAGAUGCCAAAAUUUUCCCCAUCAGAAGCCUGGCAGGCCUUGGGAUCUGAUGGCUUGGGAAGUAGCAAUCAGUCAACUAGCGACGACGGCCCCGAUCUUCACUACAAGAACGAAGUGAGCCCGCAGUACAACAGCGAAGAUGGUAGGCCUCGUCGCUUUUCGGACAUGGCCUUCAACAGGUACGACAGAGGGAACGUGUUCAAGCAUCGUAGCCUUAGCGACAGCCACUGGACGCCCAUACAAGAUUUGAUGGACGACUCUGACGUAAGCAGUGACGAAAGCGAAGAUGCGGUCGUGCCUAGAAUAAGGCCUGGUUCCAACGAAAUCCCAACAAGGUUUUCCUUGCCUACUGUCAUGUUUUCCAAUAUGAGGCCGAUAGGUUGCGAAAUGAAAGCAAAUCUAUCGGCUGCUCCGUACCUGAACGAAAAUCCUAAGGUAAAGCAAUCCAAGAAAGCUGCAACAAAGUACAACGAGCCUUCCGAUCAAGGCUUAGCACCACAUUUUAGGAAGUUUCUAAGCAAAAGAAAUAAGUAUUUAAGCGAAGAAGACAUUGCGGUGUCUGACUCUAAUUGGACUUUUGGACAGUACGGACUGCAGAAGAGAGGAAAACAGUAUUCCUCGGAGCUUAUGCUCUCGGACAAGAAGAAAAGUGAGCUGAUGAGAAAAAGUAAUUUCAGUGACUUCUUGGGAGAUAUCUUGGUGUCGAAAGCUAAUCUUAUGAGAACGCAAAUGAAGUCUUCUGAUUCAGGUAAUUCUAACUUUUCAUUUUACUCGACGGAAGGUCAGAUUAUGUUUGUGCCAGAAAAGGGAAGUUUUGCGAAAGAAGCAGAAUGUUCGCCCCCAACCAAAGGAAGAGUGUACGACAUCAGAAGAAAGUUCGACCCUAACAUCGAGCCCAAAAAGCCCAACUAUUGGGGGAAAACUGGCAAGAAACCUAACCCUUCCGAUUUAGCUUUAGGUAGAAAACGUGAUUUAGAGCUCGCCAAAAUGUUGGAAGACGAAGUAAGAAAGCGCAGGAAUAAAGAAAAAAUCAACAUUCGACAGCAGCUGCAGAAGAUGAAGAGUCUUCACUCUGAAGACGAAGAAGACGAUUUCGACGACGAAGCGUACUUCACUGAGCCAAAAUCUAGGGAAGAAUCUCAGUCUCCCUUCUUCACAUCUGGCAUCCAGAGGCAUUUUUUAGGUUCUGACAUCGGCUUCCAGCCCUCCCAUCAUUUUGGGGGUGCAGCAAGUGGGUCACGUCUGAGCCAUUGGCAGAGCUCACCAGCACUUCUUGAGGACACCAUCGCUCAGAACGGCAACAGACCCGUUUUCAAAGGGCGUCAGUCUUCUUCCUCGCUGAUGAGUUCUCCAGACCCUGAGACUUGGACGCAGACGAGUGCCGUGGUCGAGCCCUGGCUCCAGAGACAGAGGAUCCUGGAGAACAAAGUGGAGGAGAGCAGGCUGGGCAUUACCACCACCGACACGGCCAACGACGGUGACGUCAGCUCAUCUCCCACACCUGCCCUCCAAAAGAAAGAACGCAGGAAAACCAACAUUUACAAGCAGCUGAUGGACAUUGUGCGCAAGGAAGAGAAGCACCUCAAGAAAGCAGAGCAAGCAGACCCCAACAGUCCUGAAUCUUCCCAGCUGGAGAGCAGCCCAUCUUCCUGUUCCGAGUCCUCUUCCACGUCUUCUUACUCUUAUUCGGAUUCCUCCGGAUCAAGGAACCACGGGAAGAACGGCAUUCCGGCCAACAAGGAAUUCCACACCUCUGGCUAUGCGAAUUCUACAGCUGCGAGCAGUGGUGCCAUGCCCUCAUUCCAAGUGGCAUUCGUUCAGCCCUAUCAUCCGAGCAAAAGCUACCGCCCUGUGCCAUUUGAUGUCGUCACUUCCAACGGCUAUCGCAUGAGAGACUUACAAGAAGAAAGGAAGCAUCUUCAAGCUGAAGCAUCGUGAAGAUUUGUACAGUGUAGUUGUAUAUCCAUAGAUAAUACUGGCGUCAAAUUUCAUCCAAGAAAUGUGACAGAUCAGAAAAUCGUCCCAAGCUUUUUGUGGCAAAUGAUGACGCAAAAGUGUCCGGAAGAAAGAUAAAAGCGUCGCUGUGAAAUCAAGAGCUUAUGUUAGCGCCUAAGUUGACAAGAUGAUCUUAGGGAGUGGAACGGCCUA